GCGUUUGCAGAGUAUAUUGGCCAUAUGACGUAUCGCAAGAAUAUAUGUACCAGCCACUUGUUUACAGACUACCCGUUUGCAAUGCGAGUGCUAGGCCUAGCUUGGAUGUCAACACUUUGUAUGGAUGUCUCUCCUGGAAGUUUAAAGAAGAAUAGUGGACUUACUUCCGGCACAGAAAACACAGAAGGAACCAUAACUAGCUUGCAAAUGAACCUGGUAUUUGUUCAUGAAUUAGGUCACAACUUUGGCAGUGAACAUGACCCGGCGACUCCAGAAUGCUCUGCUCCAGACCAUCAUGGUGGCAAUUUUCUCAUGUGGGACAAAUCUGUCAAUGGCAAAAGUCCAAACAACCUGAAGUUUUCGGCAUGCUCCAAGAGGUACAUAGGCCGGGCUAUUGUUCAAGCCUCAUGCCUUGUUCCCAGGUCCAGCAUGAUUUCUUUCUGUGGCAAUGGUAUAGUCGACGAGAAAGAGCAGUGUGACGCUGGGGCCCAUGGGGUGAUUGGUACCAACCCCUGCUGUACCAGUAAUUGCAAGCUCAAAGAACAUGCCACUUGCAGUGACAUGAACCAGGCUUGCUGCAAAAACUGUACCAUGUCUGCCAAGGGGACACUCUGUAUUGCCAGGGAUGAUAUUGAGUGUGAAAAUGCCAGUUACUGCUCGGGAAAUAGCUUUAACUGCCCAAACCCUGACUACCUAAAAGACUGGACAAGUUGUAAAGACAGGUAUUUGGUAAUAUCCUAUCACACAUGUCAGUCUGCUGUGUUCGCAGAGAAUGGUGCUGCCUGCAAAUGGUGCUGCUAUGAUGCCACGGACCCCAACAACCCUGGGCCCUGUGUGGUGCAAACCAAUGAGACAGUUAAUGAAGGUAGACCAUGCUACCUUGGCUACUGCGAGGUAUAUAUACUGCUGUCACUGUUGAUCAAACACUUUGUGUUGAGACAUGUGAUGGUAAUCAGACACUUUCUGUUUGUGUUGUGA